AUGAUAGUCGAGAAAUACCCAACAUGUGUUAAUCAUCAUCAUGAUUUAAUUAAACUGGAACAAGCAAUUCCCUCUUCAACAACAAUAUUAAAUACAAAAUCUGUCUCAACAAUCGACUUAUCAAAUAAUUUGCUUAAAACAUUGAUGGAACAUAAGGUAAAACAGUUACCUAUAUUUAGUGGAAAAGACAAUGAAAAUGUUAUCAAAUGGUUAAAUAACAUCACACAAAUAGGUAAGAUGGUGAAUUGUAGUGAUGAUGAGUUAUAUGUCGUGGCAAAAUUUAAACUAGAAGGUGAUGCUCAAAACUGGUAUCAAAAGAAUCAAGAUAAAAUAUGUGAUUGGAAAACGUUUAACCAAUUACUAUCACACAGAUUUCCGGCAAUAGCACCAUCCAAUGACCGAGAAAUAUUACGCCAAUUAGCCGGGCGUAAACAAGCAUGGAAUGAACCAAUUUCAAGAUUUUAUCGUGACAUAAUGAAUUUAUGUGAUAAAUACGGUUCCAGUAUGGCAGAUUCAUCACGAAUUGGCUAUUUACAAGAUGGAUUAAAACCGGAAUUGCAACAUUAUGCAUUAAACCAACAAAUAACAACACCAGAACAAUUUUUUAAUAUUACGCAACAACAUGAACAUAUUCAAGUCAGAUUAUCAAAAGUUCAGCUCAAUGACUUAGGAACAACCGCGACAAUACAAGAAACAUCGACUAGAAAAGGUAUCCAACAGUCAAAUACAACAUCAGUGGAUCGUUCACAACAACAACAGCAGUCAGCUCAUACCUCACCAUCAACAAACAAUCGUCCACAAAACUCAAAUAGUAAUAAUCAGCCAUAUAUUAAUUCCAAAACACGUCCACGAUAUCAUGAUCAACAACAACUUCAUCAUGCACCCAUCACAAGAAAAAGUUAUUAUUAUCAAUUAGCCAAUAAGACUAAUAUGCAUUUUAUUGGCGAAGUACAACUGAAGAUUAGAAUUAAAUAUAUAACCACCAGGGUUACGGCAUUGGUGGCGGAUUCACUAUGUACCGAUUUUAUUUUGGGUAAAGAUUGGAUACGACAAUACCAAGGUGAUGUAUUAGAAAGCAGUGAGGAGAUUAGAAUUAGAACUAGAUCUGGUCCAGUAUCAAUACCAUUUGAUGAAGAUACAGAAAAUGUUGCUUUUGAUAUUAAACUUCUUCAUCCAAUUAUAUUAGGUCCACGACAAGAAUGUGAGAUUGAAGCACAAGUUCCCAUUUCAACAGCUGACACAGUUAUAUUUCAUCCAAAACAACAACUUCAACAUAAUCCGGCAAUUUUGAUGCCACAUGCAUUACUAAAAAUUACAAAUUAUAUGACGAAAUUAACGGUGAUCAAUCUAAAUGACCAUCCAAGACACAUUCCACGGAAUACCAGAUUAGGUGUUAUUACCUAUGCUCCAUCUAGUGUGCAAUGUUUGGCAUUAACUUCAUCAUCACCAUCAAAAUGA